CUUGGAUAAAGUAGCAAGUUUGAUCGUGUGCAUGCGCAUCGCGAUCAUCUUCCCAUUGACAACAGAAUUCACAAGGAAACGAUCAGCUUCUUAUAAGUAACGAAGGGGUUCUGGAUGCCAUUACUCGCCUUCCACGACCAUCUCCCGGUUGAUUUCUUGGAGCUCGUUCGAGGACUGUACGACUCGAUGACUGGACUUGUGUGGUACCUCACGGCCUUUCUGGCGUCGAGUUCUUUGUUUCCUCAGAAUGUUGGGAUACUUGGGGUCGAUGCACAGAGCUAUCUGUUGGGUUUAGGCGUUGGAGACAUUACUGGGCCUGUUGUUGAGACGAACAUGAUGGGAUAUGCAAGUUUAGCACAAACCGACACUGGUUUGCACAUGAGGCAAAGAAGCCGCGCCUUUAUUAUAGCAGAGACAGAAAAUACCAACAAUCGCCUCGUGUUCAUCAAUGCAGAUAUUGCAAUGGGCGAUACGGGCGUUCGCCGUUCAAUUGUCUCCCAGCUGACUUCCCAAUUUCCCGGCGUCUAUACAAAUGAAAACAUUGCCUUUGUCGGAACUCAUCAACACGCCGGGGUUGGCGGUUAUUUGGAAAACGUUCUUCCUCAGAUCACUUCUUUGGGCUAUGUUAAACAAACUGCGGAUGCUAUUGUUGCAGGAACUGUGCUUGCUGUGAAGAGAGCUCAUGCGAAUAUUGCUCCCGGAAAACUUAGCCUUGGAAAUACGACGAUCUUGGAUGCUAAUAUCAACCGGUCACCGUCCGCGUACCUCGCUAAUCCUGCCGCGGAAAGAGCACGAUACCAGUUCGAUCAAGAUAAAGACAUGACGCUCUUGAGAUUUGAUGACGCGAAUGGGAAAGCACGAGGAUUCUUGAGCUUCUUUGCCGUCCACGGUACCAGUCUAUACGAGAAUAAUACUCUAGUCAGUGCUGACAAUAAAGGAAUGGCUGCAUACCUAUACGAAGCGUCGGUCGAACCUUCCGCUAUGCCCGGAAACACGACGUUUAUUGCUGGGUUCACUCAAGCGAAUGUGGGGGAUACGAGUCCGAACACAAUGGGUGCCUUCUGCGAGAGUCCAGGACAGCCUUUCGAUGGAAUGGCUUGCGAAUUCAAUCACUCUACCUGCGGUGGCACAGCACAAGACUGUCAUGGUCGCGGCCCUGGCUUCCGUAUUUCAGACUUUGAGUCUAACAGAAUCAUCGGUGAGGCUCAGUUCAAGGGCGCACAAACCAUCAUAAACGGGAAACUUUCUCCCGUUUCUGGCUCCGUGAGGAGCGUUCACGUUUAUCUGAAUAUGGCUAAUCAUACGUUCUCUCUUCCGAACGGCACGACGGCACGCACUUGUCCUCCUGCUCUGGGCUUCUCUUUCGCGGGCGGCACUACGGAUGGUCCUGGAGCCUUCGAUUUCACCCAGGGUGAUAAUUCUUCGCAACCGCAAAAUCCUUUCUGGGAGCUCGUGAAAGGCGUUGUGACUCCGUUCCCUUCCAGUGACCAAAUAGCAUGUCAAGAUCCUAAACCAAUCCUUCUCAACGUCGGAUUCGCACAUACUCCCUAUGAAUGGUCUCCGAGUACUGUUGACAUCCAAAUCUUGCGGGUCGGGAACUUUGUAAUGCUCAUUAUGCCAGGCGAAUUAACCACGAUGGCUGGAAGGAGAAUACGGGAGGCGAUAAGGGCAAAGCUGAUCUCCUCGGGAAUCAUUGGAUCGAAUGCUUACGUUGUGGUCGCCGGACCAGCGAACACUUACGGACACUACAUCACCACACGUGAGGAAUAUGGCGUGCAGAGAUACGAAGGCGCUUCGACGCUCUAUGGUCCAUACACGUUGGAGGCAUACAUUGAAAAGUAUUCCAGCUUGGUGCCCUUCCUUGCAGACAGUGAACCAUCCGGAACACCCGUUUCAGACGCUCCUCCUGCUGAGCAAACUUCGAAGGCUAUUUCUUUACAAACCCCGGUCGUAUUUGACGCAGCGCCCAUCGGCAAAAGCUUCGGCGAUGUCUUGACUGAUGUCAGAACGAGCAGUCCGUACCGUGCGGGCGAAACUGUAACUGCACAGUUUGUUGGUGCCAAUCCUAGAAAUAACUUGCGACUCGAGGGCACCUUCCUAUCGGUAGAGCAGUCUGUAUCAGGCCAGUUUCAGGCGGUUAGGUCGGAUUCCCAUCCAUCAACCAUCUACAGAUGGAAGAGGGAAAGCACUAUUCUGGGAACUAGUAGCGUGGAUAUCUCUUGGACCAUCGAGCCUGGAACCCCAGCUGGGAGCUACCGUUUGCGCUAUAUCGGAGACCACAAGCCUUUAAUAGGUUCUAUCGCAUCGUUCACCGGAACGUCCUCAAUCUUCACGGUCGCAGCUUGA